AUGGAUCCCCUCCAUUACGUCGUCCAAGCCUCGCAGGCCGUGCCCUCCCACGCCGAAACCCUUCAUGGACAUGACGUCCUGCCCUGGAUGGCGGACCCGAGCCGUCGUUCGCCUUACCCGUGGCCGGCCCAGGAAGUGCCUCUCCUUGACGCGCCCUCGUCUCGAGCUCGAGUGACCUUCCGUCCGCCUCCGUCGCUCGGCUCCCCGGCUACCUCUACCUUGCCUCGUGCCGACGGCCGUCUCCCGCCGCUUCACUCGUCCGACCCAUGCCCGGCUCCAUCCGCCCGGCCCUCGAAUCUCCGGGAAACAACACUACCCGCCGUCCCUGCUGCUCCUCCGGCCGCGUCCUCCGCACCGCCCGAAGCAGGCCGAGCCUCCCGUUCACGCCCUGGCGACGACACACCUGCUUCUCGACCUUGGCCCGCGUCCGAGCCGGGCCUGCCCGCCGCCAUGCCGUCGCCGACCAGACCUGCCGCUGCCGCGAGCAACGGCCUCGGCCGAGGACCACCAGGUGCGACCGACGACGCCCAUUCGCCGUCGUUUUCCUUGCCUGACCGCCUGCUGGUGGCCGACGACCAACUGGCGCCGCCGCAUCGCGCCGAGAACCUGCCGCACUUUCACACUUCUGCACCCCGCCGCGCCAGAGGUCAAGGCAGCUAUCCUUCAUCCGCCCUAAGCAUGCCGAGCGCUCCACCUCAGCUGCAGAGCACGACCUCACCCAUGCCCCCCGCCCGCAUCCUCUCAGGACUGCCCUCUCCGUCAUCCAUCGGUCGUCGUCGCCAAGGUUACUCACGAUCACGUCGAUACAUGAACGCGAGGCAGACGGCGUCGGAUCCCGUCCGGGAUGCCGACGACCAAGAUUUCCGUCACGCCGCCGAGCACGGCUCCCUCGGCAGGGCCGACCGACUGGAAGGCUACGGCCACGGCCACGGCAGCGCCCAACCGUGGGAUGAGAUGGCCGUCAGGCAGCUUCAAAUCGCCCGCGGUUCGGCCCCGAGCAAGCUGGUCGCCUCGAGGACGGCGCUGCAGUCGUUGCAGAGCGUCGACGUCCGAGAGCUGUCUGGUUCCGAGAAAACUUGCGUCAUCUGCUACAACGACUACGGCGUCGAAAGCCCCGAGGGGAUCAACGAGGCCCCGCUUCGUCUGCCCAGGUGCAGGCACGUGUUUGGAGAUCAUUGCAUCAAGAAGUGGUUCGACGAUUCCGACAGCUGCCCGUACUGCCGUGACAAGCUGCCGUCGGAGCCGAAGCAGCAGCUGGGAAACGCGCGGCUUUUCAUGAACACGAUGCGCAUGCGCGGCGGUCCGCUGCCUGCCGGCCUCCCCGAGCAUAUGGUGACGCGCAUCGUCGCGGGAUCCAUCGGGGAUCUCGAGCUGCUCGAAGCCGUCGCGAGGCAGAGCCGGCCCGUCGAGAGACGAUCGCCGCCGGAAGACUCGGCCGCGGAGGAUCAGCGGCGCACUCGACAGCGUCGAACCGCUCCCGCCCUGAACCUCCCUUCGAGGACCGUAUCCUCCUUCAACGACGACGACGCGGCGACGCGGCCGCGGAUCGUGCCGCACAACCUUGCCGCCGCCGGCCAGCAGCGCCCGCGCUCGACUCUGCUCCCUGCCCAGAGCCAGCCGAAUAGGAGGCCUGCACGCCAGCCCAGGCCCGUCGGACGGUCAGAGUCUCGCUUCGCACCGUCGGCUCCGUACCUCGCGCCCUCGUCGGCCGCCGGAGCCCAGGCCAACCCCGUUCAGUUUCAGCAAGCGAACCGUGCAUUCGAUCACGACCGCUGGAGGGGCGUGCCUCCUCUGGGCGGUGGCAUCCCACUUCUGAACCCGCUCCAGAGCCCGGGCCGAGCCCCUAGCGCGAGCUUCUUCGGAAUCCUUGCCCACAGCGGCCGAUCGCCAUCGAACCUCGGUCCGGCCCAAGGGGGGCACGGAAGCGCACCACCUCGUGGGAAUGCUCCAGGUGCCGCGGAACCGGCGGCGGCGGCGCCUCCACCCUCAUCCUUGUUCGGCGAUGCCGCCUCCAGCAGCUAUCGGCAUCGACCGUGGUGA